AUUGUGCAGGGACUACUGCCGGACGGACGAGUGAUAGCGGUCAAGAGGCUGCUGAACUCUGGGCAAGGACUUGGAGAGCUUAAAAACGAGCUGCUUUUGGUUGCUAAGCUCCAGCACAGGAAUCUCGUAAAACUUCUGGGCGUUUGCUUGGAGGAAGAGACGAUGAUUGUGUAUGAAUACGUGCCUAAUUCAAGCCUGGACAAAUUUCUGUUUGAUGCUGUAAGAGGCAAACAGCUGACUUGGGGAAUUCGAUACAAGAUCAUCUGUGGAAUCGCUAGAGGCCUGCUUUAUCUGCACGAGGAAUCUCAACUAAAAAUCAUACAUCGAGAUUUAAAAGCCAGCAACAUCUUGUUAGAUGCAGAUAUGAACCCCAAGAUCUCAGAUUUCGGCUUAGCGAAGCUUUUUGACAUUGACCAGACUCAAGGCACCACCAAUCGAGUCAUGGGAACCUUUGGAUACAUGGCUCCGGAGUACGUGAUGCAAGGCAAGUUUUCGAUCAAGUCAGACGUAUUCAGCUUCGGUGUUCUGGUUUUGGAGAUUUUGACAGGAAGAAAAAGCAAUGGUUCCCAUAAUCCAGAAGUUACUGAGGUCCUUCUAAGCUACAUAUGGGAGAAAUGGCAAGACGGAUCAGCCUUGGAGAUAGUCGAUCCAGCCUUGGGUGGUCACUACCAACAAAGCGACCUGUUAAGAUGCGUGCAAAUUGGGCUAUUAUGUGUUCAGGAAGAUCCUUCUGAUAGGCCAACUAUGUCAACGAUAGUGGUGAUGCUCGACAGUGAAACUGUCUCUCUCCGAGCUCCUUCACAACCUGCAUUUUAUAUGGGGAACGGUGAUAAGGUUGCUACAAUGUCAGUAAACCAAGUUUCAAUGUCAGAACCAGAAUUACGAUAA